AAAAAAAAAAAGAUCAGUAUUCGUUCUUCACAGUUCACACACACACACCCACCGGAGAUUCUGCCUUGGAAGUGGAAGCGGAUAAUAUCCAAUAUGUCAAAACGAGUGGGCGGUGGACGGGAUCGAAAGGACUCGCUCUUAACUCGGAUCGUAACGUCGGUUUUCUCCUUCGUCCGAUUCUCCGAGUUCGAGAUCCUCUUCGUCCUCUUCCUUUUUGUUGCUUUCUUGAUCUUCAAAGAUCUGACUGCAAGACCAGAAUACAACCAGAUCUUUGUGAAGAAGCACGGUGACGGCGGCGGCCCUGACUGGUGGUCCAAUUAGUCAAGAUGCACACAAUCUUUAAUCUGAAACUGAGGAGAACACGGAAGACAUCUCCUCGCAUUGGCUUUUAGUGGGAACAAGAUAGUAAAUUUUAACUUCCAGUCUCUUUGUUUUUCCCUUUUAUAUACUUUGUAUUGAUGUAUGUGAUAGUUUUACAUGAAAAAUCUGCAAAAUCUAUCAGAGAGCUAGUUUCCAAACUGAAGGCAGUUUAGCAUGGAUGUAACUUUGGGAUGAUGUAAUCUGCUUAUAUUUUGCAUGUGUAUUCUAGACAAUUACAUUUUGUUUCUUCAAUGGGUAUAUUUUCCUGCAAUCA